UUAUAUAAAUAAAUGCUAGUACCAGGGCUACUUUUGCUACUUGCCACGGUCCAAAGUUCCAGCUACAGCUUUGGAAAUAUGAAGCCCAGCAUGCUGCUUCUGCUCACAAUUUUCACAACCAUCCAAAGCAACCGCCACUUAGCACUGUCAGAACCGCCACUGCCGCCGCUAGCAACCGCCGCGACGGCAGAUCAACUGCCCGACAACGAAACUGUAUACAGAAUCUCAAAACAGCUCUGCUGGCAUUGCAUGGGGGAGGCUGUACAGUUCUUGUACGGACACAACCUGGUGCGGGCAAGAAAGAGGGAGCUGCCCCUGAUGUGGGAUUCUCAGCUGGCCAACUACGCGCGAUGGUGGGCCGGGGAGCGGCAGGCGGACUGCGAGCUGAUGCACUCGUUCCCGGAGGGCGAUUUCAAGCUGGGGGAGAACAUAUACUGGGGCAGCGGGACGACCUGGACGCCGAUGGACGCAGUGAGUGCGUGGGCUGAUGAGGAGAAGUAUUAUACCUACAGCAGCAACAGCUGUGCCUACGGGCAGCAGUGCGGGCAUUACACGCAGAUUGUGUGGAAAACUACGCAGAAAAUCGGGUGUGCUCGCGUUGUUUGCGACAGCGGAGAUGUGUUCAUGACUUGUAAUUACUAUCCUCCGGGGAAUUAUAUAGGUGAGAGGCCAUAUUGAUAAUUGGAAAAUUUUAAUCCAUAUCGGUUUGAUCGAAUUUCAGUCAAUUAUAUGGUAAGUACUUGCUAGAAUACACUUGUCCUGUUAUUAACGUACAGUUAAAAAAAAAUGACAAAUCACGUAAUAAGUAUAUUACAAUUUGUGA